CUAACCCCGUUCUCUGGCCAUGGCAUUCGAUCGCAUCGCGACACGGAUAGGACGCGCGAAGUAUCCGCUGUUCCUGUUGUCGUAGAAUCGACGAUGACGUGCGGUUACGUGAUAAUAAAAGCGAUGAAAUAGCGAACGCCGACGGAGCACGACAGAAGCGAAUUGCAUUUCGAGGAUGCCGAUAUCGAGGCGACGUGAUGAUUAAAUUUGUUAAGAUGGCAUAGACCAGCAUAGACGUUGUGCAUGUAACGAAAUAUUUGUGACGAAGCAACGUUUUGAAAAUAUCCGUUGGUGUUUUGGUCUUCUCGUCACUAGAGAUCGAAUCAACACAAUAGGAAAGAAAAUGGAAGAGAAACAAGGUCAUAGAAGUAUGAUGGAAGAGGACGAGACAGAAGAUUCCGAAAAUAUAAUAAUUAACGAAGUGGAUGGCUUACCAAAUUUACACCCAAAUUACGGACAGUUGGAGCUUGAACUGGAAAGAGAAAACUACGAUACAAAUCUUAGAUCAAUUGAUGAGUUAGUUCACGAUGAAGACCUACCAACUUCUGUGAUUGUUACUAAUGUGGAUCCUCGAGUUUUUAAGGAUGAUGAUUUCAAGCAAAACAUUGAAGAUCUUUUCAAGCAAUUUGGAGAAGAUGCUACGUUUCAAUACUUCAGAUCCUUCAGAAGGAUGAGAGUAAACUACAAUUCCCCCAGUGCCGCGGCAAAUGCAAGAAUACAAUUGCAUCAAGCACAUUUUGGAGAAACUGACAUUAAUUGUUAUUUUGCACAACCGGUGACGCCUAUAGAUAUGGAGGAUCGACAUCUUCAACCACCCGCUCUCACCAAACAAUUCCUCAUAUCUCCACCGGCUUCUCCGCCGGUUGGUUGGGAGCCGCGCGAGGAAGGAGAGCCGCUCGUUAAUCACGAUCUACUAGCUGCUAUAGCCAAUUUAUCCACAGGCGGAAGUCAUGAAUUACACCCAGGAGGAUCGGGGCAGCCGGGCAUAGUUGUGCACGUUUGCGAGGGCGCGAGUACGGCAAAAAGUGCACCUCGCAUUCAGCAUACGCGAUGUCCGGAGCACUAAUUCCUUCCUUUCAGCCGCGUCUUGGUUUGUCAUACAUCGAUCAGUUUUUACGCUCCAAAGAAAUUAAUCUCGAAUCUUUUCUCGAAUUUAGUCUCGAAACGAUAAUCUAGGAAAUGACUUUGAAUUAGUAUUAUACCCGAAAUUAUCAAUUUACAAUUGAUUCUGAAUGACAUAAAAGUGAAAAAAAGAUGUAAAAAUGAUUACAGCUUGCAAACAACGAUAUACAGCUUGGUAUAAAUAACUAUCAAGCUCCUUGCGGGUAGCAGUAAUCUAAAAAUAUCUGCUGUUAUAUACUGAUCAAGAUAUAGAUUUCAGUUAUAUUUAUCUGUUGAAAAUUCGCGAGAUGUACUUGCAUUUUUUUUUUUCUGUUACAAUGCACAUUGUGGGUUCAAGAAAUUUUCGACAAUUUAAACGUACACCACGCGCGCAUCUUUGUUCUCUUCUUAAUAAAUGUCAAUAAUCGCAUAUCAUGACAAAUUACGUCCGACGUGGUGAAGCUAACAAUUAAUGUAUUGAAGAAAAGUUGUUGAAGAUGCAUACAGAUUUUGCAAUUCUACCUCUCGUUGUCGGUGUGUUAUUCAGAUUGUUAAACAGCACGUAAUGUCUAAUGCAGACUAUUGUUGUGAAUCCACAGAUGAUACUAAUGUUAGAACACUUGACAAAAUCAGAGAAUCAAAGUUUCAAGGAUUUUUCUUUUAUUUACUUAUAUUCCUCUUUCUCUUAAAAAAAAAGAUGCUUUCACGAUUGUGUCAAUCGAGUUCUCUAUCAAGAUUUUUGCAUGCGUGCGAGAAAAAAGUAAAAUCUACGGAGAUAUAUGGCAUUAAUAUGUAUGUGAUAUGUGUGUGUAUACGAAUGUAUUGUUCUAAAAAAAAAGUUAUCAUGUGGUUCUUCGUUCUGUGUUUUCCGUAGGGAGCUAGUUCGCAUUAGCUUGAACAUUACACGCUAUCCUAAAUCUAUAUCUAUGGUCUCUUGUUAACAAAGUUUAACUUAUUGUUAUCACUCUGCUCUUUAAGGAUUAAGUUAGAAGAAAAAUAGGAUAGAAAUAUCAAUACAGCAUGUGAUCAUAUCAGCGUUACUGAUUUACACAGCGGCAGUGGUGAUUGUGUAUAUGUAUAUAUUGUUCUGUAAGUGAAACGUAUUAUUCCUGUUAAUGCAAGAUCUGUGACCUAAAACCUAAUUGUUGAAUAUUUAUAAAUACUUUAUAGUAA